GGUAAUCCACCUUGCUAAAGAGGAAUGGCGAGUUGGUUGAUCUGCCAUGAGCGUGCUCCCUCUUUCAUGGUUGCUUUACGUAGCCUAGAAUCUCCGAGGUCUCGGAAUUCGAAUGUGCAAAGCAUAAGCGUCUGAAUCUGGAUCUUAGGUGCGCAAGACAAACAUGUCGUACUUUGUGCCGCCGUGCAAUUAUGGGAUGGCAGAAUACGAUUUGAGCCGAUCUGGCCAGUGUCACCAGCUCAAUUUCCCGUUCCUUGAGCGCCAUAAUCUCAAGACCGUCAUCUAUCUAUCCCACGACGAGCCAUCUCAACCAUUUUUAAAUUUUUUGGAGGAUCAAGGGAUUGACUUGAUUCGGCCCCCGGCAGAGCUUGCCGAUAUCCAGCGUCAAGCAAACUCCUCAAUGUCUGAGGCGGAAGUUCUGUCUGCCUUGCAGGUGAUUCUGUCUUCGCAAUAUUAUCCUCUUCAUGUAAUGUGCAACUUUGGUCACCAGCGCACAGGCAUUGUGAUAGGGUGUUUGAGAAAGCUGCAGGGGUGGAACUUGACGGCCAUUUUCGAGGAGUACCGACGGUAUGCUGGCAGCAAGGUUCAAUUCCUCAACGAACAGUUCAUUGAGCUUUUUGAUACAGAUCUUGUUCGCGUUCCUCUGGAUCACCCAAAUUGGUUGUGACACAACACCACAACUAUUUAAAGGAGAGGAGGCUGACGCAUCGAGUUGAAUCAAUUUCCACAUCUGGUGCUCACAGCUGGCCAUAGAGUGUAGCAGCAGGAUUGUUUUUGUACAGGCUCCUCUUAGAACGUCACUGAAGAACCCGCUCGGAUAGAUUCUUCUUAUGAAAAUUAUUUACUACUGACAUUAUCACAAAACGUAUGAAGAUGUGAAAAUUUGACAUACGUUUCCUCCUUAGUAACGGUGCAACUAUUUUCAUGAGCGGCUAUUAUUCAUCCACUCAAUUGGACUGCAGUUUUUAGUGUCUAUAUGAAUUUGGAACACGAAAUGGAAUUAAAACUCUGGGACUCUGCUCUGCUACCUGUUCA